CUAAAAAAUACAGUAAUACUCCGUAACUUUAAAACUUAAAUUUUACGGCGUACAAUAUUUGGUUGUAGUACAGCUGUAGAGGUGAGAAGAUUCUUGUGUCGCAAGGAAUCGCAAGUUAUAUAAACCGUCCCGUACACUUGUAUUGCUACACAUCAAUAAACUCGACGACGUUUUCUUGCCCUUUUUUUUCGAACUACAAUCAAUUCUACCAAUUCAUCCAUAGGAAUCAAUUUUCCAAAGAAGUUAAACAUGAUUUGCGAAGAAGCUAACAACACUGUUAUGGACAAGAUUAAUCUUCCUGAGAAUAUAGCACCAAUUGAUCCGAGUAAGAAGAAAAAGAAGAAAAGAGUUGCUUUUGCAGAUAAUGUGAUAUCAGAGAGUAAAUCAGUAGACAACACUAAGGUGGAGGAAGUGAGAAGCCAUGAGCAGCAGUCACAGCAACCUUUAUGUCCCUGGGAUGGAACUGACCGCGAUUAUCUGUAUGAAGAGCUGCUAAAUAGGGUUUACGGAGGUGUUGGAGAAAGGCAUAACACACUUAUGAAGCUACCAGUUCCACAGGUGCUGCGUCAAGGUUCUAAAAAGACGGUUCUUGUCAAUUUCAUGGAUUGUUGCAGAGCUAUGCAUAGGCAACCAGAUCAUCUUUCAAGAUUCAUGGAGGUUGAACUGUUAGCAAAUGUGAAUUUCAAUGAAAGUAAGCAGUUAGUGGUUAAUGGAAGAUUUCAACCUAAGAGCUUUGAAAAAAUAUUGAGAAACUAUGCCAAUGAAUAUGUUGUCUGCAAUGGUUGUAAGAGUUCUAAUACAAAUCUUCACAAGGAAAAUCGUCUCAUGUUUCUCAGAUGCAAUCAGUGUGGCUCUGGACGAUCAGUUUCUCUCCUCACAGCUGUAUUUCGAGCUCAAAUUGGUCGUAGAGCCGGAGCAUGAGUUGAGUAUUGUGGAUUUGAUUUUGCUUUGUUACUGUUCUAUAGAAGCUACGUUUAAGUAGUAUGCUAAUUGUUGGUACUAGUUUGGAUCAUCAAUAUAACACAUUUGUCUCUA